GAUCCAGCCUGUUUAAACGGAAAGGACACAGAUCUUCAAUGUAAAAAAAAAAUCAGAUCAGACCCAGAGAGAGAGAGAGAGAGAGAGAGAGAGAGAGACAGAGAGGGAGGAGUGUGUGUGUGUGUGAGUGUGUGUGUGUGUGUGUGUGAAAGAGGGAGAGGGAGCGAGAGAGCGAGAGAGAGGGAGAGAGAGAGGGAGAGAGAGGGAGGGAGAGAGAAAAGAAGAGGGGGAAAAAAAGGAAAGAAGAUUUUCUCUAUGUAUAUAAAGAUGGCCACGUUAGCAAACGGACAACCAGACAAUACCAGCCUGAGUAGCAAUCACAGCAACCCCAGCACCAACGGGCAUAUGAACGGAUUAAACCAUAGUCCCGGAAACCCAUCCACCAUCCCAAUGAAGGACCACGAUGCCAUUAAGCUCUUUAUUGGGCAGAUCCCCCGUAACCUGGACGAGAAAGACCUCAAACCGCUCUUCGAGGAGUUCGGGAAGAUCUAUGAACUGACGGUGCUGAAGGACAGGUUCACUGGCAUGCACAAAGGCUGUGCCUUCCUAACAUACUGCGAAAGGGAGUCUGCUCUAAAGGCCCAGAGCGCACUGCAUGAACAGAAGACUCUGCCGGGGAUGAACAGACCGAUCCAGGUGAAGCCAGCGGACAGCGAAAGCCGAGGAGAAGACAGAAAACUCUUUGUGGGCAUGCUCAAUAAGCAGCAGUCGGAAGACGAUGUGCGCAGGCUAUUCGAGGCGUUUGGCAACAUCGAGGAGUGCACGAUCCUUCGGGGACCCGAUGGCAACAGCAAAGGGUGUGCAUUUGUGAAAUACUCUUCACAUGCAGAGGCCCAAGCUGCCAUCAAUGCCUUGCAUGGCAGCCAGACAAUGCCGGGAGCCUCUUCAAGCCUGGUGGUGAAGUUUGCGGACACGGACAAGGAGCGUACAAUGCGGCGCAUGCAGCAAAUGGCAGGACAAAUGGGCAUGUUCAACCCCAUGGCCAUCCAGUUUGGAGCCUAUGGCGCGUAUGCACAGGCACUGAUGCAGCAGCAAGCGGCGAUCAUGGCCUCGGUGGCGCAGGGCGGAUACCUGAACCCCAUGGCAGCCUUUGCCGCGGCCCAGAUGCAGCAGAUGGCGGCUCUGAACAUGAACGGCCUGGCAGCCGCCCCCAUGACUCCAACCUCAGGUGGAAGCACGCCUCCUGGCAUAACUGCACCAGCUGUGCCUAGCAUCCCAUCUCCAAUUGGGGUGAAUGGUUUCACUGGCCUCCCGCCGCAGGCUAAUGGGCAGCCAGCCGCUGAAGCCGUGUUUGCUAAUGGCAUUCACCCUUAUCCAGGUGUAUGGCACCAGAUUUCCUUCCAAGAGGCCCCCACCUUUGCAUCCUCCAAGCCUUGCCUCCAGCCACACCUCUGUGCGGCACAGAGCCCCACUGCAGCAGACCCCUUGCAGCAAGCCUACGCUGGAGUGCAGCAGUACGCAGGUCCUGCUUAUCCUGCUGCUUAUGGCCAGAUUAGCCAAGCGUUUCCACAGCCACCUCCCAUGAUCCCACAGCAACAGAGAGAAGGACCAGAGGGCUGUAACCUGUUUAUCUACCAUCUGCCCCAGGAGUUUGGGGAUGCUGAGCUGAUGCAGAUGUUCCUGCCUUUCGGUAAUGUCAUCUCCUCGAAAGUGUUUGUGGAUCGGGCGACAAACCAAAGUAAAUGCUUUGGUUUUGUGAGUUUUGACAAUCCUGCCAGUGCCCAAGCUGCUAUCCAGGCCAUGAAUGGAUUCCAGAUUGGCAUGAAGAGGCUGAAGGUGCAGCUGAAGAGGCCAAAGGAUGCUAAUCGUCCCUACUGAAGCGUUUUGGGAACCACUGGAUACAAAGCACUAGCACAGGGCAGCAGCUGAAUGGGCCACAUUUAGAAAAAAAAAAAAAGUAUAUAUAUAUUAAAAAAAAAAGUGAACUGUUGGAUUACACCUUUGACAUAUCAGCAAAUAUCAGUCAAGCUGAAGACUUCAGACCUAUUCUCUCUUUGAUUGUUUAGACUGUAACAUUUCUUCAAGAAAAGUAUCACAUCUGCUGACUUCGAAGGACAUGCGCUUGAAAACAAACAAACACAUAAAGUAAAAUCAGAGCAGGAGGAAGAUGAAACCGGGAUUUCUGAAGAGACACUGAUAUCACCACAGCGGCUUUUCUUCAAACAGGAGAUGCAAACCUGGAUUCUGGCAAAGGAGUGCCUGUUUGCCACCAAGGAUGCGGUUACCAUGCGAGACCCGUGGUAACAGUCACUGAGCAUCUUUAUCUGUCAUUCCUUAGCUAUAUAGGGACCAAAGGACAAAACUUUUUACCGCAGACUUGUAGCUGUAUGUAAAAUAUGGAAGUUCUUUCCUUUUCUCUGAGCUGUUCCUAAAACAGUUUUUGAGAGCGAUUAUAUGAAAUAUGUAAAACCUUAAAAAAACAAAAAAGAAAAAAAAAAACAACAAAAAAACCACAAAAACACCAAAAAAAAACCACAAAAAAAAUUACAAAUGCUUAAAUGCUUUUAAAACGGCAAGAUAAUAGUUCUUUGAUACUUUGGGAGGUUCUUUGGUUAUACAUUAAUUAGAGUCUAUGAAGCUUUCAUAUGGUUUUCUGUAUAAUACGCAAGGAUUGCGUUGUUAAAGGCAGGUAAGAUGGAUAUCUAUGAAAAGCAAAAAAAAGUAAAUAAAUAAAUACAUAAUUAAGUACAUAAAAAGGCAUAGAAAAGAAAAAGGAAAGAUGGUUGAUAUUAAAUGGAAAACAAAAAGGUUUGUAAAUGCUUCUAACUCUCCCCAUUUAAAAUCCUAAUAGUUGUACAGAAUUUAAAAAAAGAAAGUUUAAAAUACCUAUAUAAUAGAAAAAAUUAGACAACAUAAAAAUAAAAAAAAACAAAAAAGCAAAAAAAAAAUAAUACUACAUAGAAGUUAGCGUUAAUGCUAAAAACAAAGAUGUUGUAGAACUGUAAUUUUUGUAGAGUUUAGAUUGAGCAUAAAUUCCUACUCUCUGCCAAUUGCUGUUGGAUGCUGUUAUUUAUCGAGGAGAAAAAGGAGAAAAAUGGCUAUUUUGGCAGCUUUUUUAACUGCAAGCAUUCCAGCUAUUAAAAAAUAAACAAGACAAGACUCAAUUCUGUAGACAAUGCAAAUGGGAAAGAAAAAAAAAAAAAAAAAAAAACAGCUGUCUUUUUAUCAGACGUUAGUUCUAACUUGAACAACAAAACACAGCUAAACGCUUCAUGUCUUCAUGAUCUGCUGUCCGCAAAAUUCCCAUCAUCCUAUGCUUCAGUAGCUUCCAUAUUUGCUCUAGAAACCUUCAGGGCAAGGGAUUAGCCUAGUACCUUAAUCUUAAAAAAAAAAAAGAAAAAAAAAAUUUAAAAAAUCUAAAAACCUAAAAAAAAAAAACCA